ACGAUAUUUUUUUUAUAGGGAACAGAAAACAGAAAAAAACAAGCAAUUUUGGAUCACAAAAAUACUGUAAUGCUCUGAUGAUAGAUUUUUUAGAAAGAAAAAUGUUAAGAUGCUUUUGUAUUGUUGUUUUCUUUUUAUUGCAUGCAUCAUUUUGAUUUUUUGUUCUUACAUCGUUGUUUUUGGUUGAUAUACUAUUGCUUGCUAAUAGUGUCGUCGUCAUCAUCAUCAUCAUCAUCAUCAUCAUUGUAAUUUUUUAUUAUACUUCAAUAUUAUAUCGUUGAAGGAACCCUUAUUUUUUUUAUUCUAUUAUUACACAAUAAAUGGUGUACAAUGUGUAUGUGAAGAAUAGUGCACGAAAUGAAUUUUAAGUCGUCAUUCUUACCAUUCUCGACAAGUUUAUAUAUAAACAGCUUAUAAAUUAUUUACAACACUCCAAAUGAUGAACAUGGAACAACAACAACAACAACAACAACAACAACAUGGCGAACAGAACGAACAAACAAAACCACCAUUACUUGGUGAUCAAGAUAUAAUCACUUUGUGUGCAACAUACUACGACAUCCAUGUUGAACGUGUUAAAGAAUUGAAUAGUUAUGAUGAUCGUAAUUAUAUUGUCCACACUAGUAAUGGCGAUAAAUUUGUGCUAAAAAUGACUAAUUCUUAUGAUAGCGAACAGCCCGGUCUAUUGAAUGGUCAAAAUAAUAUGAUUCUUUUUCUUUCAAGCCAAAAUUUCAAUGUUCCAUGUCCAAUCAAGAAUAUCCAUGGAGAUUAUUUGGCGCGUAUUCAAUUACCCAUGAAUAAUCCUGUCAAUCCGGCGAAAACUUUUGCAAUCCGUCUAUUCACUUAUGUGGAUGGAAUUAUUCUAUAUAACGUACCGAUUGAACGACAAUUACUUAUUGGUUGUGGCCAAUUUCUGGCCCGUAUCGAUUUGGCAUUAGAAAAAUUUGAUGAUAAAGUUAUACGUACGAGAAAAUUUUUCUGGAGUCUAGCAAAUGUUCCAAAACUGUAUGAUUAUCUUAACUAUAUAAAAAUUCCUUCUCGAAAUGAAUUAGUUUUAAAAUGUGUAAAAGAUUUUGAACAAAUAAUUGUAUCGUCAUUGGAUUCGAUGAAACAAUCAUAUUUGCAUGGAGAUUUCAAUGAACAGAACAUUAUUGUUCGCAAAAUCGAUAAUGCAUACCAAAUAUAUGGACUUAUUGACUUUGGCGACAUAUUCUAUGGGCCUCGUAUAUAUGAUAUAGCAAUUUUCAUUGCUUAUGUUAUGUUAUUAGACACUGAUUUCGAUUGCAUUCUAGAAGCUCCAAAGUUUGUACUACAAGGCUAUUGUAGUCUAAUAUCGUUGGACAAUCAAGAUAUUAACAAUAUAUUAAUCUGUGCCCGAGCGCGAAUUGCUCAAUCACUCACUUUGGGGGCCUAUACACAUUCAUUUCAGCCAGACAAUGAAUAUUUAUUGACAACAGCCAAAAAAGGUUGGUCCAUAUUGGAACGAUUAUGUAGUUUUGAUGAUGAUCAAAAACAAUUGAUCAAACAUUGGAUGGACGCGGCAAACAUAUCCAAAACAACAGCUAAAAACUAGCUAAGAAAUGAAAACAUAGCUAAUCAUCAUCAUUAUUAAUGUAGUUGAACACACAUACACAUUUAAACAAAUAUAAUUCUAUGCUGAAAAUGUCCAAUAAUCUUACUGUUUUUUUUCAUAUUUAUUCUUCAUACGUGUUGGUCAUUUUGAUGGAACAUCGGCCACAAUUUUUUUUUUUGCUUAUUUGUUUGGUAGGAUAAGGCAUCAUCCAUGUUAUUCCAUCUCAUGAUAAUUGUAUUGUCUGUUAAUGGUAACCAAUUUUAUGGAGCAGAUUUUUUAUAUCCAUAAUUGUAUAACAAAACCCCCCCCAAUAACAGCAAUAGUGUAUGAUUGAAGAAAAUUUGUGACCAUUUGAUCCAAUCCGAUAAUCAUCAUUCUUCUGGAUAAAUGAUCAAAUCAGUCGAAUGCUAAAAAAACUACAAAAGCAUACACAAGCAAAUUCUGUGAAUUUUUUUUCAUGAUGAAAAAAUUAUAUCAAAAAUGGCAUUUAAUUAUAAAUUUUUUUUUCAAAAUCAGCAAAAAAUUAAAUUUUUUUCCCUCUAUAUUUGAUAAUAAUAAAAUGAAAUAAAAUCGAACCACCAUUUUUAGGUUGGCUGAAAAUUCGUGAAAAAAUUA